AUGACGAAGCGCAAGCGCGCAGCGGUCAUCAAGGCAGAGGCAAACAUGGCGACUCUUGCCGCACUGCCCGAAGGCUCUGCGACGCCCGAGGAACAGGAGCAUGGAGACGAGUUUGCGCCCGAAGAGGAGGGGUCUGAUGAGUUUGAUCCAGAGCCCGCCGCUGCUACUGCAAAAGGGAAGGGUAAAAAGGCCGCCUCCCAGAAGUCGGGCAAACCCGCGCCGAAGAAGAAGAAGCCGGUGAUUGAUCGCAAGACGUUCAUAAAGACAAUGAAUAAAGACGGUACAAAGAUCACGCGCGAGCCACAGGUCAAUAGCACGCAUCUCCCGCUGCCGUGGAAAGGACGGAUUGGCUAUGUACUCCCCCUCCCCCUCUCUCCUGUCCCCCGGUCCCCGCCGCAGAGAGCUAACAGGAAGCAGGCCUGCCUGAAUACCUACCUCCGCAGCGCCACGCCCCCCAUCUUCUGCUCCCGCACCUGCCGUAUCGACACAAUCCUAAAGCAAGGCACCCCCGCCGCCGGCAAGGCCUACGUCGAGUCACUCGGCCUCGCCAACGCCUGCGACCUACCAAAGAUGAUCCGCUGGAACGAGCGCUACGGCAUCCGCUUCCUGCGCAUCUCGAGCGAGAUGUUCCCGUUUGCCAGCCACCCCGUGUACGGCUAUUCACUGGACUUUGCGGCCGAGGCGCUCAGGGAGGCGGGAGCGCUGGCGAUGAGGUAUGGGCAUAGGCUCACGACGCACCCGGGGCAGUUUACGCAGAUUGCGAGCCCGAAGGCGAACGUUGUUGAGGCCUCGGUGAGGGAUUUGGAGUAUCAUGCGGAGCUGCUGGGGCUGCUGGGGCUGGAGGGACAGGCGGAUAAGGAUGCGGUUAUGAUUCUGCAUAUGGGUGGCGUGUUUGGGGAUAAAGACGCCACGCUCGCCCGCUUCCGCAAGAAUUACGCUACCCUCUCACCGGCCGUCAAGGCCCGCCUCGUGCUUGAAAACGACGACGUUAAUUACACGGUCCACGACCUCCUCCCCAUCUGCCAGGACCUCGGCAUCCCCCUCGUCCUCGACUGGCACCACCACAACAUCCGCCACGCCCCCGACUUGCGCGAAGGCAGCCUGGAUCUCCUCCCCACGCUCCCCGCUAUCGCCGCCACAUGGACCAACAAAGGAAUCACACAAAAGCAGCACUAUUCCGAGCCACGGCCGGAGGCACUUACUGACCGUGACAUGCGCAAGCACUCGAAGCGCGUGUAUGGGCUGCCGCCGUGCGACGAUAACAUGGAUCUGAUGAUUGAGGCGAAGGAUAAGGAGCAGGCGGUGUUUGAGCUGUAUCGAAAGUUUGAGAUCGGGCCUAAUAGGGGGGUAGUGGCGGAGGUGGUGCCGCAUGAGAGGGGGGAUGAGGACGGGGUGGAAGAGGGAGAGGUGGCGAUGGGGGGGAGUGAGGGGAGGGUGUAUUGGCCGGAGGGGUGCGAACAUUGGUUAAGUCCGGUGAAGAGGGUUAGGGCGAAGAAAGAGGUCAAGGACGACGGGGAUGAGGAUGCUGUAGAUACAGAGCGGGGCGAGAAACCGCCGCCGAAAAAGAGGGCGGCGAGGAAGCCGAAAGUAGAACAGCCAGAGCCUGCGGAAGACGGAGAAGAAGUCGAAGCAUCACCGCCAAAAAAGAAGUCCACAACCCGCAAGCCCAAAGCCGCAAACCCACCCCCAGAAGCCACCUCAGAAGCCAACCCAGAGACCACAAAACCACGCUCAAAACGCCAAAAACCACCAACAACAACAGAAGCCACAACUGCAGCCAUAACCAAAAAGAAACGCCCCACAAAGAAAGCACCAGCACCCGCACCUACUGCAGAUGUAGGCGCUGACGAAGAAUCAGACUUGAGUUCACCGCCACUAGUCAGCGACGACGAGAACGAAGAGGUACCGAGUGCGCCGCAGCAGGAGGUGUUUUUGCAGGUUGAUCGUGAGGCGGCGGCGGUGGUAGAGGGGACGAGGAGGAGUGGGAGGGUUAGGAAGGCUGUGAUACGGUAG